UGCGCAUCCUGCUCACAAGGAAGCUUUAAUACAUGCUGCACAAACAAAACCGACACUUACAGUGGAAAUCUGGUAUAGAGCAGGAUGGCUGGAGGGGGCGUGCAGCAGUUUUACCGAGAUCUGCCGAAAGUGGAGCUCCACGCCCAUCUAAAUGGAUCGAUAAGCUCUGCAACUAUGAAGAAAUUGCUGGCCAAAAAAACACAUCUGCAAAUACAAAAUGGGAUGACUAUGAUAGACAAAGGGGAGAAAAGGACCCUAGAAGAGUGUUUCCAGAUGUUUUGAAAUGUUCGAAUAAUUCAUCAGAUCACAGAUACAGCUGAAGAUAUUUUAUUGGUAACGAAAGAUGUUAUUAAAGAGUUUGCUGCUGAUGGUGUCAAAUACCUAGAAUUAAGAAGCACACCUCGAGACUGCCCCACAGGCCUGACUAAAAGAACAUAUGUUGAGACUGUGCUUGAAGGUAUCCGGCAAUGUAGGGAAGAAGGAAUAGAGACUGAUGUCAGAUUCUUACUUGCAAUUGAUAGAAGAGGAGGCCCAACAGUUGCUAAGCAAACGGUUAAACUUGCUGAAGAGUUUUUCCACUCCACCAAUGGAGAUGUUCUUGGCCUGGAUCUCAGUGGUGACCCAACUGUAGGACAUGGAAAGGACUUCUUGGAACCUCUCAGUGAAGCAAGAAGAUCUGGUCUCAAACUGGCUUUACAUAUAUCUGAGAUACCCAACCAAGAUGAAGAAACAAAACUUUUACUAGGAGUUCCACCUGACAGGAUUGGACAUGGGACCUUUAUUUCUACCUCACCUGAAAUAGUAGAAAUAGUUAAACAAAGUCAUAUACCUCUAGAGCUUUGCUUGACUUCAAACAUUAAAGGGCAGACAGUGCAGUCUUUUGACCAACAUCAUUUUGGAUUUUGGUACAGCUUAGGCCACGCUUCUGUGUUGUGCACUGAUGAUAAAGGUGUCUUUGCUACUGAUCUUUCGCAGGAAUAUCAGAUUGCUGCUGAUACAUUUAACUUGAGUCCACAUCAAAUAUGGGACCUCUCUUACCAGGCAAUUAAUUAUAUAUUUGCAUCAGAGGACACCAAAUCCAACUUAAAAGAAAAGUGGAAGAAGCUGAGAGUCAUGUUGACAGAUGUAGUAUAAAAGCCACAUCUAGGUGGCGCAGCUUACACAAAAUAUACAAAGAAUAUUGCCACUCUUCCGUCCUGCUGAAACAGAAUCUAGAAAAUAUAUUUUAUUCUGAUUUGUACAUUGCUGAUAAAUAUGGUGCAGUUAUUUUAAAAAAUGUAUUAGAUAUAUCUAAAAAUAUCAUUAUUCUUUUAGCUGUGUUUCCAAGUACUAAAAAGAUAUUUUAAACUACAAAUGAAUUUGAGACCUUUUCAUGGUAUAGUUAUUAUGUAGCAGAAUAUAGAAAAGUGUAAAGAUCAUGUCUGUGUAAGAAUCCUAUUUUUCUGCGAGUAUAGUUUUUUCACAAACAGGUAAACUAGUGGAAGCUUCAUCCCUGGUUAUGUGAAGUCAUACUGUAGGGCAUGGAUGACAUUUUUUUAAAAUAUUUUUUAUUGAGGUUUACAACUGAAUUCAUUAGAGGCAGGGCCGGUGCUAGACUAUUUUGCGCCCUAGACAAGACCAGCUACUUGCGCCCCCCCCCCCACCACCACCAAGAAAAAAUAAAUAAAUGAUUACAUAUGUUUGCUACUGGUUACUAUAAUACACCUAAGUGUCAUUACAUGACCUGCUGUCCACCCUAAUGCAGGUAAGUAACUGACAGUAACUCACAAAACACAGCCCUUAACGUUUAGUGGCAUACAAAAUAUGGAUUAAAGGGACGCUCUAGUGCAUAUUAUUAUUAUUAUUAAUAAUAACAAUAAUUAUAAAAUUAAAUAGCCCUAGGUGAAAUGGGAUGUUUCGUGUCACUGCUCUUACUGUUUGUGUGAGAGGGCAGAUAGGGUGAUCUGGGGGAUGUGUUUGUGUAGGGUGAGUAAGGGGCUGUGUGUGUGAGAGGAAGAGGGAGGUAGGGUGAACAGGGGUCUGUUUGUGUAAGAGGGGCAGCUAGGGUGAGCUGGGGGCUGUGUGUGUGAGAGAUAGAGGGAGGUAGGGUGAACAGGGGUCUGUUUGUGUAAGAGGGGCAGCUAGGGUGAGCUGGGGGCCGUGUGUGUGAGAGGAAGAGGGAGGUAGGCUGAACAGGGGUCUGUUUGUGUAAGAGGGGCAGCUAGGGUGAGCUGGGGGCUCUGUGUGUGAGAGGAAGAGGGAGGUAGGCUGAACAGGGGUCUGUUUGUGUAAGAGGGGCAGCUAGGGUGAGCUGGGGGCCGUGUGUGUGAGAGGAAGAGGGAGGUAGGCUAAACAGGGGUCUGUUUGUGUAAGAGGGGCAGCUAGGGUGAGCUGGGGGCUCUGUGUGUGAGAGGAAGAGGGAGGUAGGCUGAACAGGGGUCUGUUUGUGUAAGAGGGGCAGCUAGGGUGAGCUGGGGGCCGUGUGUGUGAGAGGAAGAGGGAGGUAGGCUGAACAGGGGUCUGUUUGUGUAAGAGGGGCAGCUAGGGUGAGCUGGGGGCUCUGUGUGUGAGAGGAAGAGGGAGGUAGGCUGAACAGGGGUCUGUUUGUGUAAGAGGGGCAGCUAGGGUGAGCUGGGGGCCGUGUGUGUGAGAGGAAGAGGGAGGUAGGCUGAACAGGGGUCUGUUUGUGUAAGAGGGGCAGCUAGGGUGAGCUGUGGGCCAUGUGUGUGAGAGGAAGAGGGAGGUAGGGCGAACAAGGGUCUGUUUGUGUAGGAGGGGUAGCUAGGGUGAGCAGGGGGCUGUGUGUGUGAGAGGAAGAGGGAGGUAGGGCGAACAGGGGUUUGUGUAAGAGGGGCAGCUAGGGUGAGCUGGGGGCUGUGUGUGUGAGAGGAAGAGGGAGGUAGGGUGAACAGGGGUCUGUUUGUGUAAGAGGGGCAGCUAGGGUGAUCUGUGGGCCAUGUGUGUGAGAGGAAGAGGGAGGUAGGGUGAACAAGGGUCUGUUUGUGUAUGAGGGGCAGCUAGGGUGAGCUGGGGGCUGUGUGUGUGGGGUAGGUAGGGUGAGCAGGGGCCUGUGUGUGAGAUAAUGUGUUACCUUGGCGACUAAAGUAUUUGUUCUCAGCACUGUGAAAAUGUCUCUCUAUCGAGACCUACCUUUGUUUUUACAGGCAACAUAACCUAAUGUGGGACUAUAUUAGAAACAUUUAUCUCUGGAAUUUAUUGUUAAUAUUUUAUGCCUUAGUUUUAAUAAAGAAAGGGCCUACAUAUCUGUAUGAAGAUAGAUGGAUAUUAUGCCAAGAAGCAGACAAAACUAGAGAGGGAUUCCAGUGAAGGAUAUAGGAAAGGCUUUCAAGAGACAACAUUGGCUAGAUUCAUUUUAUAAUGUAUUAUCAGUGCACAAUAAGCUAGGUAGAGAGAGUUCUAGGGCAUUCACAUAUUAUAUUCUGCUUCAUAGGCAGCAGAUGCAAAGGCACCAGUCUCAGACUUCGUAUGGCAAGUAAAAGAGGCUACAUCAGAAUCGCAAACUUAUCAGACCACUAACAUCCAUCAGAUUGUUAGACUGUACAGCAAUCUGAUGGCUGCAGUGUAGUGCGCACGGCCGCCACUGUUUAAGAAUCUGAUGAGAGGUGGUGAGUCACAUACCUUCAUUAGAAUGCUAUGACUAAGUGGACGGUCCUUAUUUCUUAUCAGACAGCAGACGGAACGUCACUUUCAUUUGCUAGGUGGCUGCCUAGCAGGAGCGCCGUCCCUAGGCAAGCAUCAACAUUUAACACAAGUAUUAAGUAAUAGGUGUGUGUGUACUAUAGCAAAACAAUGUCAUAUAUACUUUUAUAACAAGAUUGUGCUUAAAAUAAAAAUAUUUCAAACAA